AUGAGCCGCCUGGCAAAGUCAAGCCUUCAAUCCCCCUGGCUUUGGAUCAAGUGUAGUGCGACGAGAGGUGUCCUGGAAAACGCUUUCACGUGUUGUGAGCUUGGACCACCUGCUACUGCCGACCUCGGAAGUAUGGGGCCAGGGUGUGAGAGAGGUGUGAGGGGUUGUGUCAAGAGGGGCAUCUCUAUCGUUCGCGAUACAGAACAGACCGCAAGCUACUACCACGAGCAGGAGAGCAGUGAGACACCAGAGAACCGUCGAAUCUCCGUUGACCCGCGAGAGAACAUGUCCGCUCCAAUUCAACACCAGAAGCUCGGCUUCGAACUCCCAGCUGAGAUUCGAAACCAGAUUAUGGAGUAUGUCUUCGCCGACUUCGACGAUGAAAGAGGUCUCAAUCGGUACAACUCUCGUUGCAUCGACGAGAACCACAGCGCGAGUCGAUCGCUACAACCCCUACUGGUGUGCAAGCAAAUGUACCACGACGGGAGACUUCUGGCUUUCAAUCGAUCGACCUUUCUCGUCUCCAACUUGUUCUUCCACGUUCCCGACCGACUGUCGGUUCUGUGCGAGAAACAAACCCAAGCAAUAGGCAGCAUUGCUUUCUUGGCCGAUGCUCGCCAUUUCAGGAAACUCGUGCGAUGGGGUGAACAUCCCUUUGGCCUCUCCACUCUGAACCUGACCACUCUCACGAUCAUUCUCCAUCGCUCCAGCUUCUGGCACUACCUCUUCGACUACACCUCGGAUCUCGUCAAGCUUCUUCGAAAUCUCACCUCCGUCAAGCGCCUCGUCUUCAUUCGCAACGGAGCUCGCGUAAAAGGUAGUUUCAAGACCUGGUACAAUCGGCUCGUCGGCCUGAUGCUUAAAGUGGACCACUACGAACGCUACGAGAGGGCAACUCCGAACUUGGAGACGACGUGGUGGACGUGGUCGUACGACGAGGCUGGAGAGAGUUUCUGUCUGGAAGCGAGGCCGAGUAAGCCGUUGGUCAGCGAAGAGGAGUAUCUGACAGGAAUCCUGCCGUUGAUGGAGGGACUGAGGGUCAGUAUUGAGUCGGAGGAGUGGAAUCCGGAUCCGCGGGCAAGGAACGGAGCUUGA